AUGAGCAUUAACAUUCCCAUGAUGCACCAGAUUGAUUUUACAAUAAAUAUAUUCCCAAGCAAACACACACCUUAUUGUAUUUUACAGUUGAAAAUGGCUGAUUGCCGGGCACCGGGGAUUUUAAAUUUGAAUUUGGAGGAUGAAAGCGAUCUGCUGACCAGCGGUAAAGAUCCCAGCGGUCUGGCAGAGGAGACCGGCCUGGACUUGGCCUACGAGGACCUGGAGGCGAUGAAGCAGCGCCUGAUCCUACUGCGCUCUCAGAUCCUAAGCCCAAAGCCGGAUAAAUGCCAGGAUCUGAAAGUCCAUGAGGUCUUAAGCCCCGGAAGGCUGCAGCUGCAGGAACUGCGUCGCCAGAAGUUCCAGCUCAUCUGUCGGUUUCAGGAGGCACAACAGCAUCUGAAGGAUACGCGACUGGAGCUCCAGGAGCUCGAGGACUGGCGCUGCCAGCUCCAGUCCCGCAUCCUGCAGAUGAAACACCAACUUUCCCAGUUCGAGAAGUUUAGACCACAGGUCAUCCAUCAAUUUGGUCUGUGCCUCGAGCGCUGGGAGCACCAGAAGACCCACAAAAUGGACUGCGCCACUUUCCGGAAGGAAAUGCAGGCCCAAGUCCACCGGACGGAUAACUCCCGGAAGAGCGAGGUGCCACUGAAGUGCCACCAGCGCCACAGGCACCACAUCCGCAUGGAGCUGAUCAUGUUGCGGGUCUUCGUUCACAAUCUCUUCGAGGCGAUGGUCAGCGACUUUCGGUUCUUCUGCCGCCAGCUGAGCAUCAACUUUACCCGUGAACCCGAUGACAGACCUUCCCCCGAACCUACCGAUACCCCGAACAACUCGUUCUGCUCUUUCGACACAGAAAGCCGCGAAUAAAUUGGGCUUCCAGCAGUUAUUGCCUUAAUUUA